AUGUCUGAAAAUUUACAAAUCGAACAGGAUGUCAUUCGAUCGGUGUCCGCUCCGCGCUGCGCGCGUUGUAGAAAUCACGGCCAAACGGCGUAUCUUAAAGGACAUAAACGAUACUGUCCCUGGAGGGAAUGCACUUGCUCAAAAUGCAGUUUGAUUAUUGAACGGCAGCGUCUUAUGGCGGCCCAAGUGGCGCUCAAGCGCGAAGACAGCGAACUGCCUCCGGCUGGGUUUCGAAACGUUGUGAGCACGGUAGAGCCUACCUGUGCGGUACCGUAUCGAUCACCGCCUCGGGUGAGCGAUGCUCUACCGACGGUCAUUUGUCCGACGGCGGUGCAGUUUGAUGUUAAUAACAACGCGGCUCCCGACGAACGUGCGGAUAUGAGCACAGCUGAAGUAAAAACCAGUCGCACUUCACCGUCUCCACCCAAAGGUAAGAAAUUAACAGUUGGUUUUAUUUUAUAAACCUUAUAUUUUUUAGCAUAAAGAAAGAAAAUAUGACUAAGAAACUUUCUUUGAACAGUCAACGUGGAAGAGUUCAUCCAUAGGCUUACAACUAGAAACGUAUAACAGGGUAAAGAGACAAUUGAAUUGAUUAUGUACUGAAUAUAUGCUGAUUUGUUACAGCGAGUCAGUUUGCUAUGAACGAAACUGUUUGUCGCAAUAACCACUUUAGAUCAUUCACCAACAAUAUUCUACACUUGAUUGGUUUGGAAUUUUGGAACAGUGUCUUUAUAACUUUAUAAAACUGAUUUGAUGUUGUUAAGCUGAAGCGCUUCAGGUUGCUUUGCAAAUCAUUUCACUCAAGUAACAGUGUUGAAGGAAAAAGAAAAUGGACUGCACGCACGCCAUGGGCUCUUAAAAGCAACUUGAAUCUGUACUCUUGAAGGACUUUUUAAAAACUUAAUAUUCUCCUAGAUGUUGCUUAAGGUUUGAAAGUGUUCCCUUGCAUAUUGAUAACUGACAAACAAUCUAUUGAACGGGUUAAACAAGAUGAGAGGAUCUUGAAAGUACUUAUUAUAAGCAAACUAUACAAAAGUCAGUUCCUGAUAGCCCAUACUUCAGUCUCGCCAAUUUUCACCACCAACUCUCUUUCAUGAACAACUGAGAAAAAUCUUGGGAUUUGCCGGACUGUUUGAGCUUGAGUCAGUUGUUUUCAUUCAGACUGCUCUGGGAACUCAUUGCUUUAAAGGCUUCGUAAAUUUACGAUAUUUCAAACUAGUCUUGGCGGAGAACUUUGUGGGUCUGAUUCACACGCAAAAGGACUAUUUUUCAAAUUUCAAAAUUUUAAAAGAGCAAAACAAGUCUUUUUUUUAUGCUCAUUAUUUUAAUUUGUGGCCAUGAAUCAUGAGAGCACUGAGAACCUCUCAGUCUGAGAAAAACCUGGUGAGAAGGAACAAUUCAUGACACUGAUUCAGAGAACAAAAUUUACUUUUAAUUGUACUGAGACGUAUUAAGCGCUUGGCUCGCUAAUACAAAAAAGCAUUUUUCCUAAUUCAAGAAAUGCAGUAAAAGUUGUUACUGUGGAACCUCGACAGGGACUGCAAUUUCGAGGCCGGUUCUUUCCGCGUAUUUUACUAUGCCUGGAAUCUAGAAUAUCGUACGUUAUAUCCGGGUUCCACUGUAUUCAGUUCAAUUUAUUUAAACUGAACUACAAGUUAAAAAUUAUUGGGGACAAACAUAUUAAAUAUUUUAUGGAUAGACGUAAUUUUACGGCUAAAUAAAAAAGUAUCGAUCAUUGGAAAAUCGUCUGAAAAAUGACUGCCCUUGUACUUAAAAAAUUCAAGUUUAGCCCUUAAAGGUCUACUAGUUUCUAUCAGAGUCAACGGCCAUGCAAAAAUACUUUCGUGAGUGUCCAUAAACGCCACCAUAACGAACUAUCGCGAAACAAACUACUUUUUCAGGGCGUUGUUUACCGUGCGUAAUCUUUUCGCAAAAUAUUGAACUAACAAAUUAUAGUCUCUUGGUGAAUUCAACAACUAAUCAUACAGUGUGUUAAAACAUUCUACUUUAUCGUAAUAUAAACAUGAUCACCAGGAACUUUCUCACGGGUCCCUAAUGCUCGCUUCAGUCUUUCACAUAGAAAAACAGUGAUAAAAGAGCACCUGCUGCAAAUGUUCCUUACUUGCUCUCGAUUUUUCGAAAGUCUUUUCCUUUUUUAUUCUAUUAAGAAAGAUGUUGUAUUUUAAAUUCUUCUCUAUUUGUAUAGGAUCGUGGUAUUAGGACAAUUGGCUUUUGAAAGUGAAGAGAAUGGAAUCUCGAUCAUUAUGUAGGGCGUUGGUGGAGGUGAUGUUAUUCAAAAACAGUGUUUUCUGAACGACAUUUAACAGUUGUGAACAAUACAAAACCCUGUGAAGAAACCUCCAUGACAAUCUUCAUUCUUGCAUGCAAUUUGGGCAAAAUUCCUUCUACUUAGUGGUUUUACCAGUCAUUAAAGUGGAUGUUUUGGCCUCAAUAAACUAAGCUAUUUUGCACGACGCGUUUCAUAUAAUACUUAGCCCAACUUUAUCUGGACUGUCAUAAUUUUUUUUUUUACAGGACUAAAGCGCAGUUUUUCACAAGUUGAAUCUUCGUUCCCGUCACCUCCCGAGGCGGGAGAUGAUAACGUCUUCUAUGACAGUGACGGGACCAAUGGCGAAUCGAAUGGUGACAUCGGGGAAUUUGAACAACCAACCAAUCAAGAUAAACAAAAAGAGGCUUUCCGUUCUUGCAGCGACGACGAAGGAAAAGAGCAUCUUGAGAGUCCCGGAAACCAGGUUUCUAAUUAUCGUGGGAAACUGCCUCCAUUAGAAUUACUUACCAGGCUUUUUCCAACUCAGAGGCGGGGUGUACUGGAACUGAUUCUCAAGGGUUGCCAUGGAGAUGUUCUAAGGGUAAUUGAGUGCGUUCUACCAAGUCACGAGAAAGCUCUAGCUUCUUUAAAGACACCCGAGACGCUGCAUUACAGCCCAGGCAUACAUUCAAGUUAUAUUGCUCAUCAGGCUCGAUCGCCUUAUCAAGGCCCAAUGAGGCCUGGGCACUACCCUAUCUACGGAUCGCCACCAGGUUUCUCGUAUCCUAUGAUGGAGUACUUGCACGCACCAAAAUAUAGUCUGGGAGCGAACUGUAAAGCAGCUGACCAGGAACAUGCGUACAACGUGGUUUCGUCCAAGGACCAAACAAAUGUAGUAGGGAAAGUUUGCUGCGAGUGCUCCGCUAAAUGUUCACCUAGCAGCAACUUUUGCAGCUCAUGCGGAAAAUGUUUCAAAGAAACAUAA